AUUAGGUACCCAAUUAACUAACUUAAUAUCCAUAUAGAAAAUUAAGUAAAAACUGAACUUUUAAAGAGUCGUAGCUCCAAUUUGUUGGUCAAGAACAAAGCAUUAGCUUGACAGUAAACAAAUCUUUUAAGGCAAUUUAUGUAGGACCAGGCCCGGAAUCCUAAGGACAAAGCCUUCCCUCCUACCCCAAAUUUGCCUUCCAAUUUUCUCCUUAUCAACCCUUAAACAGGCUUGUUAGUCCUUCAUAUUCCAGACAUAAAACUGCAAAAUGGGUAGUCUUGUUUUCCACGAAUUCAAAAGGCAAGCUUCUUUUUUCCUCAAGGAGAAGAUCAAGACUGCUAGAUUGGCUUUAACUGAUGUUACACCAGUAGAAUUAUUGACAGAAGAAGCCACAGAUGGAAACAUGCUAUCACCAGAUGCAUGCAGCAUGGGUGCAAUAUCAAGGGCUGCCUUUGAAGUUGAUGAUUAUUGGAGAAUUGUUGACAUUUUGCACAAGAGAUUGUCAAAGUUUGAUAAAAAGAACUGGCGUGCCUCUUACAAUGCUUUGGUUUUAUUGGAACAUCUGUUAACACAUGGUCCUCUAAGGGUUGCUGAGGAGUUUCAGAAUCAUAGAGAUUCCAUCAAGGAAUUGGGAAACUUUCAAUAUAUUGAUGAGAAAGGGUUCAAUUGGGGCCUGAGUGUUGGGAAAUUAUCAGAGAAAAUCCUGAUGCUACUUGAGAAUGAGUCGUUUCUCAAAGAAGAGAGAGCAAGAGCUCGAAAACUAACAAUGGGGAUCAAAGGUUUUGGGAGCUUCAGCCACCUUUCCUCUUCAAAGGAUCAAAGGUUCAACUCGUUUAGCAACCAUGGAAGAUCUUGUUCUCAAGAAGACUGUUUCUUGGAGUUCAAAGAGAACUUGUCAUCCGAGGAAGGGACAGGACUAACAGAACAAGAUUACAAUCAAAACAUGUCGGCUCCAGAGAAGCUGGAAAUCAAUGGAGAUGGAUUUGACAGGGAAAGGGAACAUCCAUUCUGUGAAGAUGAGCAAGAGACAGCAGAAUCAUUGCUUUCUUCAACUAUGUGAAAACAGGAUUUGAGGGAGUCUUUUAGUGCAUGUUUGCAACAAUGAUAGGCUAAUUAGUUUGGGUUUUUUUUCUUAUUAGUGUUUAUGCUACAAGGAUGUGUUAAAUGAUCUGAAAAUGAAAACGUCGAUAAAAAUAAUAAUAUCUUGUGUAAAUAAUAUAUAUUUUAAAGGUAAAUAUUUCAAGUCUCAUUUUCAGAUUAUUCGAACUUAUAUGUUUUAAUAAUAUAGAAGAAAAG